AUUCUCUCUUACUCUCUCUUACUCUCUCUUACUCUCUCCCUGCCCCUCGCUUUCAGAAAUGCGCGCUUUCGAGGCGCCCCUGCGCUACCCUCUUCCAACAUGUGGAAGUCUCCGCUAAAACCAGGCAAACGCGGGUCCUUGCUCAGUGACACCCUUGGGAUGAGUUUCUUGAGUCGUGCAUGGUCGUGGAUACCGUGGAGGCGAAGUAGCAUGAGAAGUUUUUUUGGAUCCAAGACCAGGAGAGGAGCCUUGCUCCACUCUGUACACACAAGGACCUUACCUGGUGGUGAAAUUUUAUGA